AUGCCAGCCAGCCUCGUGCAUAAACUGUUUAGAAAGCGACUGGUGCGCGCCUUUUCUCCACUGGAUUCAUCUUCCUCUCCCGGCACCUUGGGUCCCUCACACGCACGUUCGAACAGGCUAUCACGGGUAACAGCCAGCCAAAUGCUCCUUCCAGGAACCAUCCUGUGCAUCCCGUCUUCUGUCCAACUGCACACUGAUUCGAAUGCAAACGCGCCAACAUUCCUGUUGAAUGAUGGCAAACGCGCUGCCGGGUCCUCCUCCUCCUCCUUGCCACGUGGCAUUCAACCAGAGGAUAUCAAAAUGCUACAGAACUGUGUUUUGUUCAAGGAUGAGCACAUAAUCGUCAUCAACAAGCCGCCUGGCCUGCCCUCCCAGGGGGGAUACAAAGUGCGUCUCUCAGUGGACAAUCUAAUGCAGCAUGCCCUAGCCGCUGACUCCCCCGAGCCUCUUCGCCUGGUGCAUCGCUUGGACAGGGAGACAAGUGGCGCCAUGCUAUUGGCCCGCUCGCCUGCCAGUGCGCGAGUCCUCUCAGCCCUGUUCCGUGAUAAGAGUGCUGCUGGCGUUCUUGCUGCUGCUGCUGGUGCUGCUGAUGGUGCUGCUGCUGCUGCUGCUGCUGCCGCUGGUGUUAAUGAUGCUGGUGAUGAAAGUGAUAAUGUCGACGCUACCAGUGCUGCUGGCGAUGAGGGGAGCACUGCUGCUGAUUGGUCGAACGAGGGCGGCGUGGCACGUGUGUACUGGGCGGUCGUGAUUGGCCGGCCGAAACAGCUGUCAGGGGUCAUAAAUGCGCCGCUGCACAGGCCGGGCAGCGAUUCAAACUCGCCCACUAAGGAGCUGCCAGCUGUCACUCUGUACCGAGUUAUCCAGAGUUGCCUUCUGUUCCCCGACACCGACUUCCUCCCUCUCCUCCGCCGUGCUGCUGCAGCGUGCGUCUCUCACAUCGUCACGGUUCCGGAAACCCUAGCAGACGCUCACGAGGUCCUGGCUCUGGCGCAAUCCCAUCCGCUCAUCUUCCCCGCAGAAUGCGAAUCUGGAAUUUCGCACCCGGCGAACCAAUCCGAACCUUCUGCCUCGGCUCGGCACAGCUCGGACAUUUUCGGAUUGAGAAUCGCUCCUGCCAUCGGGCUGCACCCAGUCCAGCCCGGACCAUAUCCGCCUGACGUGGACACCACGUCAGCAGGCUGUAACGAAGCGUCAGCCUCGGCAUUAUCUCACUCCGUCCAGUUGUGCGAGCUGGAGCCAGUGUUGGAUCUCAUUCGGUCCAAGGCGGAAUGUAGCGUGCAGGGAAGGACAGGAAACACAGUGCAUGAAAUGGAUGGUGACGACAGCCCCUCGGCAGCGGACACAACAAAGGAGGGGAAAGGAACCUCAGUGCCUUUGCUUUCUUUGGCAGCAGAGCUGGGUUUGCCAGUCAAUGUCCACUCUCGCAGCGCGGGACAUCAUGCCAUAGAGGAAAUUGUCCAGUCAGGACUUCCUGCCACGUCAGCAGCGUUGAUGCAUGCGUUUGAUGGGCGGCUUGUGCAUGCUGAACGGGCUGAACGGCAUGGUGGCUUUUUCUUCUCUGUGCCACCUUCUAUUGUCCGGUCGCCACAAAAGCAGAAACUCUUGAAGGGCCUUCCUCUUUCGUGCCUUGUGCUGGAAACGGACUCCCCUGCGCUUGCCCCUGAAAAGGGUGCCACUAAUGAGCCAUGCAAUAUUGUAGUUUCCUCUUUCCCUCGCCUCCUUGUUUCAGAGGCUCCCCUAGUUUCCCCUGAUUCUCAAUCAGCCUCGCAUUUUCCAAUGGCUGCCGUCACUCUUUCACAGACAGCCACGGCCUCUUGCCGUGCUACUUUCAGCUCAGUGAAGCUUGAGUCGAAGCUCAAGAGGUCCGUCAGCCUCGCUGUGCUGCCCGCCUUUGCCUGGAAGUCUGCUGGCGUUGCUUCGACCGCCUCGUUCAAAGGAGUCGGCUCGGUUGUCGUCAGAGCGGUCGCGGAGGAUGUGCAGGGUGGCGGGAACUACGGUGCUCCUCGCGAGAUUCCAGGCACCAAGAUCUAUGUCGGCAACUUGCCGUUCAACGUCGACAGCGAGUCGCUUGCUGAGAUCUUCCAGGAGGCUGGCAUCGUGGAGCUUGUGGAGGUGAUCUACGACAGGGAGUCCGGUCGCAGCAGGGGUUUCGGUUUCGUCACCAUGAGCACCCCCGAGGAGGCUCAGGCUGCCAUCGAGAAGUUCGACGGCUCGGAACUCGGCGGCCGCAUGCUGAAGGUCAACAUGCCCGUUCCCCGCGGCGAGCGCGAGAGGGGUGCGCGCAACGAAAGGCCACGUGGCGACAGGCCGCGUUUCAACGGUAACCAGAGCAACAAGCUUUACGUCGGCAACUUGUCGUGGGGCAUGGACGACAUGGCUCUGGAGGAUCUGUUCGCGGAGUUCGGCAAGGUGCUCGAGGCCAAGGUCGUUCUUGAUCGCGACUCCGGCAGGUCCCGAGGGUUCGGCUUCGUGACCCUGUCGAGCGAGUCGGAAGUUCAGGAGGCGAUCUCGAACCUCGAUGGAGCUGACGUUGACGGCAGACAACUGCGGGUCAAUGUCGCUGCUCCCAAGCAGUAG